AUGCUGGUCAUUGCCUUCAAUCUACUUAUGAUGGGCAUUGAAGUAGAUGCAACCAGUGCGCUGAAACCGGGUGAGCCCACUCCGGCGUUCUUUUUGGUCUGCAACAUCGCCAUUGUGGUCAUUUUCAUCUUCGAGCUGACCAUCAAGUUUUUGGCCUACGGGCCGAGAGGGGUCUUGCUGGGCCCAGAAAAAUGGUGGAAUCUCUUCGAUAUCAUCAUAGUGAUCACCUCGAUCAUCGAGACUAUCCUGGAUAUGGUCACCCAAGCAUCUUUUUCGAAUGGCCUUGAUUCCAGUCACUUACGUGUGAUGCGGGUGGUUCGCCUUGCACGUGCCUUGAGAGGCAUCCGAGUCAUGAAAUUGAUUCGCUCCAUUGGAGCCCUUCGAUCCAUUGUACUAGCAAUCGUAAGCACACUAUGGUCACUGGUUUGGACUUUGGUUCUCCUCAUGAUUCUUUUCUAUGUCUUCGGUGUGAUUCUGGCGCAAUUGGUGUCGGAUGGUUGCAGCACAAUUCAAGCUGAUGUAGUGAAUUGCGACACAUUGAAUCACAUGCGAUAUUGGUCCACAGUGUCAGAGAGCAUGCUGACCUUGUUCCUCUCGAUCUCGGGCGGUGUCAGUUGGAUUGAAGCCCUAGAUCCCUUGAGAACCAUCUCAAGCCUUGCUGCUUUUGCCUUCAUCGCGUAUGUAUUUGUGUCAAUUUUUGCCAUUUUGAACGUUGUCACCGGUGUAUUCUGUCACCGUGCUAUCGAGAGUGCCCAAGCAGACAAGGAGAUAGCAAUCAUGAAACAAAUGGAAUGGAAAGAAGUCAGCUACGAGCUUUAA